AUGGACUACGAAGAUAAUUUAGAGGCUCCUGUUUGGGACGAACUUAACCAUGAGGAAGAUAUAACUCAGAGUGUUAUUCCAAAUCCAAUUGAGUCCGUACAUGAAGCAUCUGCACAUGAAGAAGAAGAAAAAAAGGACAUUGUGGAGACCAAAGCUCCAUUUACUGACGAAAAUAGUUUGGCUGUUGCACCUAAAUGGGAAGAGCCUGGUUCACCUAUGGCUGAUAAUUCGUUGGUGGAGGAGGAAGAAUUUCAUGACAAUUCCAAAUCGGAUGCUUUAAUAAACUCUCUGGCUCCUGAACAGGAUCCAAUUUCUGAUCUUAAUAACAAUUCUACGCAGUUCUCUGCGAAACAAUCUAAUGAUGCGUUGUUUACAGGAAACGCCAACUCUCCCUUAGUUUUUGAUGAUACAAUAUAUGAUACUAACACAUCCUUAAACAGUAGUUCAAAAAGUAUCUCUGGAAGAAGAUCCGGUAAGCCACGAAUUCUUUUUGAUUCUGCUAGAGCUCAAAGAAGCUCCAAACGAAACCAUUCUUUGAAAACGAAGAGUACAAUUGCUUUCAAUGAUGCCAUCAAAACACCAUUUACUGAUCCGUUAAAGAAAGCUGAAAAAGAGAAUGAAUUUGUUGAAGAACCAUUGAAUGAUGAGGAGGAAAGAAGAGGAAGCAAUGAGGCAACAAUCAUAGCUUGCGCUAAAAAGAAUAUCCUUGAGCAGGUAGAUAGGCCCUUAUAUAAUCUUCCCCAGAAAAAUAUUAAUACAGCAAGCCCUAUCAAGGUUGAAGCAAAUUCGGAGAUGGUUAAAAAAACUAAGAAAGAGUCAAAGGUGCUAUCAACCGAAAAGCCAGUGGCUUUUAACGUUGAGGUGAAAGACCCAGUUAAAGUAGGUGAGUUAACAUCCAUUCACGUGGAAUAUACUGUAAUAAGUGAGUCACCAUUACUCGAACUAAAAUAUGCUCAGGUGAGUAGGCGUUAUAGGGAUUUUAGGUGGCUAUAUCGCCAACUGCAAAACAAUCAUUGGGGCAGAGUAAUACCACCACCGCCAGAGAAGCAGUCGGUGGGAAGUUUCAAGCAAGAUUUCAUUGAAAAUAGAAGAUUCCAAAUGGACACUAUGUUAAAAAAAAUAUGUCAGGAUUCUGUUCUACAGAAGGACAAAGAUUUUUUACUAUUUUUGACCAGUGAUGAUUUUGGUUCAGAGUCUAAAAGAAGGGCUUUUUUAACCGGAUCAGGCGCAAUUAAUGAUAGUAAUGAUUUAUCAGAAAUCCGGAUAAGCGAAAUACAGCUAUUAGGCGCAGAGGACGCCGCAGAUGUAUUAAGAAAUGGUGGUAUUGAUGCAGAAUCGCACAAAGGAUUCAUGAACAUAUCUUUUUCUUCACUACCUAGGUACAAUGAAACGGAUGAAUUCUUUAUUGAAAAGAAACAAAAGAUGGAUGAACUGGAAGAUAAUCUGAAAAGAAUGGGAAAAUCUUUAGAAAUGGUUGAUACGUCAAGAAAUAGUUUGGCUGCGUCAACCGAGGAAUUUUCUAGUACGCUAGAAACCCUAGCUUCACUGAAUAUAAGUGAGUCUAACUCAGAACUAUUGAAUAAUUUUGCUGACGUUCAUAAAAGUAUCAAAAGUUCUCUUGAGAGAAGCUCUUUACAAGAAACAUUGACCAUGGGUGUAAUGCUAGAUGAAUACAUCAGGUCAUUGGCUAGUGUAAAGGCCAUUUUUAAUCAGAGAGCCAAAUUGGGGUACUUUCUGGUAGUUUUGGAGAACGACAAGAACAAGAAACACUCACAACUGGAAAAAUUGGGUCAAGAUGUUCAUUCGGAAAAGUUCAAAGAAAUCAAAACAGAAUUUUUAACAUUAGAAAGACGCCAUAACCUUACAAGGACACAUUGGCAAGAAAUUGGUGAAAGAAUAAAGAAUGAAUUUGAGAGUUUUUCUAUUGAUAAGAUUCGGGAAUUUCGAAAUGGUAUGGAAAUAUCACUAGAAGCAGCCAUUGAAUCCCAAAAAGAAUGCAUCGAGCUUUGGGAGACAUUCUAUCAAACCAACCUUUAG